AUGGUCGACGUGACGGAAUUUACAGCAGACGUUGGUGCUGGCGUUUUGCUGACGCUGAAGAGACAAAACCAAACCGGGUACUUCCUCCUGGACGCGUUCAUCCCGAUCUUGAAACAGCUAGCUGGCGAUUUCACGGGGUUGGACAUUGAACUGUUGCGGGACGAGCUGCAGAACCAGGGAUCGCCGCUUAGUGAGCCGAAGGAAAGUCAAUUGCUGUCGAGAUUUGGCGUUCUAGUGGACAGAGACGUGGAGGGUCGGAAAUGGAUCACUGGGGAGAAGGCGGUACAACUGUUGGAUAGUGCGAAAAUUGGCCACCUGUUCAAGGCACAGCUGGACAGCUCGACUGCCAUGCCAGAGACGGAAUCCACUCCGGAAGUUUCGGCUGAAAAGAGGAGCUCCAACAACAAGAGGAAUACACACUCGGAAAAGAACGAGUUGCAAUUCCAUGGGCAUCACAGGGACUUUGAUAUAGAAAACGGACACACCGACGUGGGAUCCCCGUUGAAGAAAAUCAAACUAGACGAUAGCUUGAUCGCAAAGGAUUCGCUCGAUGGCCUCAUGGCAUCCAAUCCGAUCCCCAUUUUUGGGCAUGAUAUUGACACACAGAUAAUCAGGUCGCCACUAUCCCUAUCAAGAGCGUACAGUGGAGACACAGGCGCGGACAAUGGUCAAAGAAUGAAACUGGAAUCUUUCCUACAACGGCUACUGUUCCCGGAAAGCAGUAACAACAACGGGACAGGGCAAGAGGGAGCGACUUCUGUUGACAUGAAAUCACUGAUCCGGGAUAAUGAUGCUGCGUUCCCCGGGGUUGACCUCAACUUGAAUAUUCCUGUAGAUGAGCAUGGGAACACUCCCCUGCACUGGCUGACAUCUAUUGCAAAUCUAGCACUCGUGAAAGAGCUCGUCAAGCACGGUGCUAACCGACUUGUUGGAGAUAAUAACGGAGAAACUGCACUGGUCAAGGGGGUCAAGUCGGUCAACAACUACGAUUCAGGGACGUUUGAGGAACUCUUGGAUUACUUGUACCCAUGCCUCAUAAUAGAGGAUAAUAUGAAAAGAACCAUCUUGCAUCACAUCACAAUCACUUCUGGAAUGGCAGGUUGCUCAUCAGCAGCCAAAUACUACCUGGAUAUAUUGAUGGGGUGGAUAGUGAAGAAGGAAACCAGAUCCGUGGAUCAGGGCAAAGGCAAAGAUAUAAUCCUGAAACAACUCACGCUGAAAUGGGUCAUUGCAAAUAUGCUCAACGCACAGGACUACAACGGGGACACGUCCUUGAACAUUGCAGCGAGACUGGGAAACGUCGCUAUUGUCGAUGCUCUGCUGGAUUAUGGUGCCGAUCCGUACAUCGCCAAUAAGUCCGGGCUACGGCCUGUUGAUUUUGGAGCGGGCACUUCAAAACUACCCACAAAGGUCGAUGAGAACAACAACGAAAGAGAACAUGAUCCGGAGAACGAUGAUGGAUUACUGAAAUUCGAUACGAUGAAAGAGCCGGAUACAGUUAGCCUGAUCAACGACAUGAAGACGCUAUUGAGCAGCGUCUCGAAGGAUUACGACACAGAGUUGAGCAGCCACAAGGAUAAAGUUGGACCAAGCUACAUUCUAGAAUUAGAUAGACAACGAGAAGAGUUGGCCUCGUCUCGAGAUAAGCUGACGCGUACAAAACACCUCAACGACGAGUACAGCCUGCUGAAGGAACAGCUGGACAAUAUCACCAAGGGGAUCGAAGAGGAGGAGAGCAAUUUUGUGCAAGAAAGUGCGAAACUUGGUAUUUCUGCUGAAGAAAACGCAGGCAUGGAUUGGGAUUCGAGCGAGUUUGAUGCGGACGAACCGUUUAGGGUGGACUUCAUAUAUGAGCACUUGGAGACCAAGUUGCAGAACGAGUACGGGGGAGACAUCGAAAAACUCCUCAACGAAGAGUCUGUUGAAAACGUUAUGAAGCAAAUACGAUCGUCCCACAGCGACGAAUCCAUCUCGAACACUCUCCCGCCAUCUGCUUUGUUAAAGGCGAGGAUAAACGCAUACAGAAGGAACGACGAGUACCUCGGGCAAAUGCUACUCAACAUAAGAGAGAGACAAGCCAACCUGGAAGGUAAAUUCAGGAGGGUGCUUUCCCUAUGUUUGAAAGUUGACGAGGAUAAAGUAGAUGGGAUGCUGGAUGGAUUGUUGCAAGCAAUUUCUUCUGAAGAUCCACAAGAUAUUGACACGGGAGAAAUGCAAGAAUUCUUAAACAAGCAUGCGAUAGCGUAA